AUGGGUCGAGUACCAGAUCAAACUCAGAGUCCAAGGAUAAACAAUAACUUUAAUCCGGUCUUCCAUGCACAACAUGAACCACCGGUUGACGAGAAACGGGUUGUGCAAGCUGAGCAGAGAUAUCUCAAUAAUGGUGAUGUUAACCAACCAAACCAAGAACCAGUGAGACCAGGCCAACCUACGUAUAUCAAUCAAGGCCCAACAAUUAACCAACCAUAUGGAGUAUCAAUGGCCGGACCGGUCCAUACUCAACCAUCGAACUGGACUUCAAGCCUAUUUGAUUGCAUGAACGACAGCGAAAAUGCUCUCAUCACAUGUUGCUUUCCAUUCGUCACGUUCGGACAGAUCGCAGAGGUUAUCGAUGAAGGAGCGACCAGUUGUGGGACGGCUGGAAUGUUGUAUGGAUUGAUAUGUUGUUUGUUUGCGAUACCGUGUGUGUAUACAUGCACAUUCCGGACCAAGCUCCGAAGCAAGUACGGGUUACCAGAUGCUCCAGCUCCAGAUUGGAUCACUCAUUGCUUUUGUGAAUAUUGUGCUCUUUGCCAAGAAUAUCGUGAACUCAACAAUCGUGGCCUUGAUCCUUCCAUUGGAUGGAUUGGCAAUGUGCAAAAGCAGCGAAUGGGUCAGCAACAAGAGAUGAUGGCUCCUCCGACCUGUCUACGAAUGAUGGGUUGACUUGGAUAAAAAUAUUUUACACCAAUAUGCUCCUUAUUUGAGUUAUUUCCUCUCUCUCUUUCUUCUCUAUGUUAUUUGUUUU